UAACAGUACCUCCCAUUGUGCGCUUUGUCAGACACUUAACUGGCAACACACAAGGAAGCCACUCACUAGGUUGUCGUCACUGAGGUCAACCAUUCGGAAGGAAAAUGGCGACCGCCUAUGAAAGAUACAACUUGCACACAACCCCUGAGAAGUUCUUCAUUGAGGCCUGUGAUGAGGGGGCUGAUGCCGUCCUGGUCAUUGACCGGGUUUCAAAUGAGAUGACCCUUACAGGUAGAGCGGAUAUUCCUCCCUCUGCUGUCACCAGACCUAUUUGUGGGAUAAUGGGAACUAUUCGCCUGGUUGCAGGGAUGUACCUGAUUGUUAUCACCAGGAAGAGGAAUGUAGGUAGUCUCCUUGGACAUUCUGUGUGGAAGGCUGUAGACUUUGAUGUGAUCUCCUACAAGAAGACAGUGCUACAUCUCUCAGAGAUACAGUCUCAGGAAAAUAAGACCUUCCUUGCUAUGAUUAACAACGUGCUGACUACAGAUGGCUUUUACUUCUGCACCGACUUUGACCUAACACACACACUGCAGCGGUUGGCUAACACCAGCCCUGACUUCCAGGAAAUGAGUCUGCUGGAGAGGGCGGAUCAGAGGUUUGUCUGGAAUGGUAACCUUUUGAGAGAACUGGCUGGGCAGCCCGAGCUUCACAGAUUUGCACUGCCUGUUAUUCAUGGAUUCAUUGUCAUGAAGCCAUGCCGUAUAAAUGGAAAGAUCUUUGAGUGGAUCCUGAUCUCCAGGAGAAGCUGCUUCCGUGCUGGUGUUAGAUACUAUGUUAGAGGCAUUGAUUCUGAAGGCCAUGCUGCUAACUUUGUGGAAACUGAGCAGAUAGUUUUGUAUGAGGGAGCAAAGGCUUCAUUUGUCCAGACACGAGGUUCUAUGCCAUUUUACUGGAGCCAGAGGCCCAACCUGAAGUACAAACCUAAACCUGUAAUCAGCAAAACCAUGAAUCAUAUGGAUGGUUUCCAGAGGCACUUUGACUCUCAGCUGCUCAUCUAUGGAAAACAAACUGUUCUAAACCUGGUGAAUCAAAAAGGCUCAGAGAAGCCGCUAGAAGAAGAGUUUGCCAAAAUGUCGUCUGGUCUGAACAAUGGUAUGCUCAAUUACUUGGCCUUCGACUUUCACAAAGAGUGCAGUCACAUGAGAUGGGACCGGCUUCAGAUCUUGGUGGAUGCUGUUGCAGAGACACAAGAUGAAUAUGGCUACUUUAUGGUGAACUCGGAUGGAAAGAUACUGACCCAGCAGAAAGGAGUUUUCAGGAGUAAUUGCAUGGACUGCCUGGACAGGACCAAUGUAAUUCAGAGCCUGCUGGCCAGACGUUCACUUCAGUCUCAACUUCAGAGAAUUGGAGUUCUGAAUGUGGGUCAGCGCAUUGAAGAGCAGGUCGAGUUUGAAAAAGUCUACAAAAAUGCAUGGGCUGACAAUGCCAAUGCAUGUGCUGUGCAGUAUGCUGGGACUGGAGCUUUAAAAACAGACUUCACGAGGACAGGCAAGAGGACCCAGUGGGGACUGCUGAUGGAUGGCUGGAACUCCAUGAUCCGCUACUACAAAAACAACUUUUCAGAUGGAUUCAGACAAGAUGCUAUUGAUCUGUUCCUGGGUAACUUUGCUGUUGAUGAGUCAGAUGGCCCCACUCCUCUUCGUGUGAAGAAGGACUGGAAGUUCCUAACACUGCCCAUUGUGAUGCUGGUUGCAUUCUCCAUGUGCAUUGUUUCUCUUCUUCUGGCUGGUGACACAUGGACAGAGACCCUUGCUUAUGUAAUGUUCUGGGGGAGCGCCAGUGCAAUCACAGCUACUAUCAUCCUGUUUAAUGGCCAAGACUUUGUAGAUGCCCCAAAGUUGGUUCACAAGGAAAAGAUGGACUGAAUGUAUGUGUAGGGAGCCUCUGUUAAACAGAUGCUCCUGUACCUCAUCUUCACUGUUUUCUCUCUCUGAUCUGAUCUAGACUAAUCUGCUAUCUGUGUUACUUUCUGGAUUUUAGUUUUUCAAAUGUUUUCUCUACGGCGAAGUCAACGUUCUUCAGAUGUGUGUCCACAACCAUUUGUUAUUCUGUACAUUUGUGUACCUAUAAUAGUCAUUCCAUAUUCUGGUUUCAUGAGAUUGUUUUGAUUGCCUUGGUUUGUCAGCUAACAGAAAAUAAUUCUUGUAAUACAUUACAGUUUAUUUCCUUUUGGGUAGGAUUUCUUUUUUUGUUGAUGUGCUACAUACAUUUUACUGAGAUAUGUUGUUAAUCCUGAAUUGUCACCCCCAAAGUGUUGGACUCAAACAUUAAGAUAUUUAAAUGUAUUUGUUGUACUUCAUUUAGAAAAGCUCUAUAUAAAGUAUGCACACAGAGUUUUGAAUGUAACAAGGUUUACAAAAUUGUGUGUGAAAUAUAAAUAUGUGGCUAUACUGCAAUGAGUAAACAAUGUCUUCCUAUAAAGUUUAAUUUGAAGAACGUGUGAUCAAAGGCCUUCAGACAAUUUUGAUUUGCAUAAUCGUAAACUGUGCCGAUUGGGUAUAGCUUAUAUUGCCAUUUUUUUAUUUUAAGCCUCAGAGUUUUGAGAUUAGGAACAAGGACUAUUUUCUUCCUGCUUUUCCUAAUUAGUACAUACAUAAAAAGUAAACAAAACACUAUUGACAGUGAAAUGUGUGUAAAAGAGGCCUAAUAGUUUUUUAUAAGGGUAACUCACCGCCAAAUAAAUUUUUCUUGCUAAUAAACUGUUAACAUGGA